CCAUUCUUGACCACUUCAGCUUUCAGCUCUCCACCAAGUAAUACACCGCUCCAGAGUCCAGAACACCGCUUGAAUAAAUUACAAGAAUGUCUGAGCCCGUUCGCGUGGUGGUAACCGGCGCCGCCGGCCAGAUUGCCUACUCCCUACUCUACAUGGUGGCCAAGGGCGACGUCUUUGGACCGAACCAGCCCGUCAUUCUGCACCUUCUUGACAUUCCACCUAUGAUGGGCGUCGUGCAAGGCGUCGUCAUGGAACUGAGUGAUUGCGCCCUUCCCCUUCUGCGAGGCGUGGUGCCCACCGCCGACCCUGAGGUGGCCUUCAAGGACGUAGAGGCUGCGUUCUUAGUAGGCGCCAUGCCCCGCAAGGAGGGAAUGGAGCGCAAGGACCUGCUGGCCGCCAACGUUGGAAUCUUCAAGGUGCAGGGACAGGCUCUCGAGCGCAACGCCAAGAAAACCGUCAAGGUGCUUGUUGUCGGCAACCCCGCCAACACAAAUGCCCUCAUCUGCUCCAAGUACGCACCUUCCAUCCCCAGGGAAAAUUUCACAGCUAUGACCAGGUUGGACCAGAACCGUGCCACCGCCAAUAUUGCCGAGCGCCUCAGCGUUAGCUGCGCCGACGUUUCCAAUGUGGUCAUCUGGGGCAACCACUCAAGCACUCAAUUCCCCGACGCCCGUCAUGCUUCCGCAGUGCUCAAUGGUGCAAAAGUCUCUGUCUACGAGGCCAUCAAGGACGACAAUUACCUGAAGACUCAAUUUGUUGAGACAAUCCAAAAGAGAGGAGCUGCUGUAAUUGCGGCCCGAAAAUUGUCUUCGGCAAUGUCCGCUGCGAAGGCAGCUUCGGAUCACAUGAAGGACUGGUGGCAGGGCACUUCUGAUAAGUGGGUGUCGAUGGGUGUCAUCAGUGACGGGUCUUACGGUGUACCUGCUGAUGUCGUCUUUUCUUUUCCAGUCACUUGCUCUGAUAAGAAAUGGACUAUUGUUCAGGGUUUGGAGAUUGACGAUUUUGCCAGGAGCAAGUUGGACGUCACUGGCAAAGAGUUGCUUGAAGAGAGGGAAGAAGCUUUGGCUGUUUGCCAAGACAGCAACCUCUAAAUUAGGAGCACCGAUUUUCUGCUGUCUGUGAAGCUAACGAAACCAGUGGUUAUUUGCAAAGUUUAUUCUUCUAUAGAGGCUCAAAGAAAUUUUUAGGCAACAGAAUGCAUAGUCUUUUUAAUUGGUUUUAACUGGCUGUGCACAAGCAGAAAAAGUAAAGAUAUUAUAUGGAGCACCAAUAAAAUCAUGUACUGAAUUAGUGCAAAAACAAUAAUAAA